CACCAUCUGGCAGCACUGAGUUUCAUAACCAGUCCGCCGGGCUUCAUUUCAUUGAACGAAAACAUAAGCAAAUCCUAACUUAAAUGAGGCUGACGAACACUCUCUGUGCCCAGCACAUCGGCUGGCAUUUCAAGAAGCACUGGCUGGUCCAGGGUAGGCGAGUCCCCAAGGAAACUGGCGCCGCGGCGGAGCUCCUGAAGCUAGGUGUUCUGGUGAAGAAUCCCGAGGAUCUCUUGAACGCCAAAGUUGAAAAAAAACUAGUGGACAUUGUUGGCGCACGCGAAAAACCCGUUCCCGAGGACAGCAGGCACCCUGACUGGCACCCCACAGUUUGCAACACUUACUCCGACAACAGCGUGCUAAUUGGUGGAUUGCCGCAGGCCCAGGUGCUGACCAACUCCAUUGUGAUCCAAACAUUUCCCAAGCACAUCGAGGAUGCCAUUGCAAGUCAGCAGUUGCCAAAUUCCGUAGACAAGAGUGUCCGGCAUGCGAUUCUGGCAUCCCACGUGCUUGAUGCAGAGCAAGUCAAGCUGCCCAAGGUGAGGCUACCGGAGAGGCCGGCCUUUAACCUGCCCCGCUCCUACGGAAUAUCACACGAAAGGGUCAACCGACUGUUGGUAAACAAACUCCUGCAUGAAAGUGAAAAACUGGCUGGCCGUUCAGUCUCUGUUCGAAGGAAGCUGAUAGACAACGCGUCUUUUAAGACUUUUUUAAGCAAAGACGGGGAUCUGCUAGGAUUCUCAAUCAAUGCUGAAAAAGUGGUAUUUGCCAACCGAGCCAUCGAAGGUGUUAAGGGAAAAUUCGAAGGAGAUCUGCCUGAUCUUUACCCCAUGAAGAGUACUAUAUCGAUUCCGAAGUACCACAUUUACCAAGCUAAGAACUUGUAUCCUUUGCGCUCGGACAUCACCUGCUCCCACCCGCACACCAUCUUUACGGUGUUUAACAAACACCAAGUCAAAAACUCCCACGGAUCCGAGGUCACAACUUCUCAGCUUCAGGCGAGGACACUGGUCAAAGCUUUCGUUGUGGCAGCCGCUCGAGCAAAGCAACUGCAUGGGGAUUCCGUAGGAGCUCUUCCCAAACCAAUUGUUGUGCAGAGCGUCCAGACUGACGGUAGGACGUUCCACUUCGGAGUGUUGCAGCUGAAUACCCUCGAUCUUGGUGCCAAUAGCACUGCCAAGAACUAUUGGUUCCAUAGGCAAAACUACAAUCUGUUUGCUGAAUGCUCUUAUGAAGGAGGGCGAACGCAUUUGGAUAAUUACAAUGGCGAGGUCUUCCGCAUAUUUAAUGCUUUCUAUAACAAUUCCUAAAAUAGAAAUCUUACUGAAUAAUAAAAUAUGUUUUUGUUAUGUCUGU